CGGGAGCAAACCGGAAGCCGGCGGGGCGGGGCGGCGCGGCGCUGGCGAGCCCUUCCCCGCCGCCAGCCUCUCCCCGCCGGGCGGCGGCAGCAGCGCCAUGGGGUGUUUCUUCUCCCGCCGCAGGAAGCCGGCCCAGGGCGGCCAGCUGCCGCUGCAGCAGCAAGCGGGAGCCGGGCAGGACGCGGGCACCGGCGAGCAGAAGGCGCCGCAGUACAGCUGGGACCUGCGAGCCAAGAUUGACCCCAAAGACUACACUUUUUCCGGACUUAAGAAUGAAACUGUGGGUCGACUGCCUGGAAAAGUAGCAGGGCAACAAUUUGUCAUCCAGGACUGCGAGAACUGUCAAAUCUACAUAUUUGACCAUUCUGCUACAAUCACGAUUGAUGACUGUGUGAAUUGCCAAAUCUUUUUAGGACCAAUAAAAGGCAGCGUGUUUUUCCGUGACUGCAAAGAUUGUAAGUGUGUGGUUGCCUGCCAACAGUUCCGCACGCGGGACUGCAAAAAGCUGGAGGUGUUCUUGUGCUGUGCCACCCAGCCCAUUAUCGAGUCCUCCACAGGUAUGAAAUUUGGAUGUUUUCAGUACUAUUAUCCCGAGCUUGCUUUACAAUUCAAAGAUGCUGGUCUGAGUAUCUUCAAUAACACGUGGAGCAACAUCCAUGACUUUACCCCUGUGUCUGGAGAAAAUAACUGGGGCCUUUUGCCUGAAACUGCUGCAGUCCAAGAUUAUGUUCCCCUGCCCAGCUCUGAGGAGCUGAAAGCUGUCAGGGUUUCUACUGAUGCUACAAAGAGCAUAAUACCCAUAACUCGAGGGCGGAGACAGAAAAACAGCGAUGAAUCGUGUUUGGCCGUGUUUUUUGCUGGUGACUACACAACUGCAAAUGCCAGGAAGUUAAUUGAUGAGAUGACUAGCAAAGGUUUUCAGCUGGUACAGACUAAAGAGGUUUUAAUGAAGGCAGAGGAUGCUCACAGAGUUUUCCAGCAGAGUGCAUUAGAAUUCAUUCCACUGUUGGAAAAAGGUCCAGUGGUUGCUUUGGAAUUCAAUGGAGAUGGUGCUGUGGAACAAUGUCGAAGCACUGUAAAUGAAGUUUUUAAUGGCACCAAGGUUUUUGUAUCGGAAAGCAAAGCAUCAGCAUCUCAAGAUGUAGACAAUUUCUACAAUUUUGCUGACAUGCAGAUGGGAAUGUGAAGUUUAGCAUGAAGGUGCUCACGUAUGGUUUGUCUUAGCACUUGGACAUCACUUGGCUUGACUAUCGCAGUAGUUUUGUCAUUUAGUUUUGUAUUUCUCACGUAUCCUUUUUAUACAGCCACUGGUGGUUUUUAAUACAAUAUUAUCUGAACUGGAGCAAGCUGCAUAGCUAGCCAUGUGCAUUGUGUUUGAAAAUUAAGUUUAACUUCAAAAACUAUUGAGCUUUUCUACUAACUUUUUUUACAGUGAUUUCUAAACAUCUAUCGACACUUAAAUGUUUCUUGACAACAUCUGAUGAUUAUACAUAUUUUAAAAGUGCAAUGCUGAUCCAAGUCUGAUGCAGUAGUAAUUGUAAUCUUUCAUUCAGACACAUUGCUUAGAAAGUGUAUUUAUGUGAAAUUUACCCUUCAAAAUUUUCCCACAUGCAAAUUUGUCUUUACUGGGGGUCCAGGAAGGAAGCUGUAGUCAUUUACUUUUUCUGAAAGCUUAGUCUGAAAUUAAUUGUCCUUGUAGCAUGCUUUCAAAAGCAGUUUGUGACUUUGGUUAACUCUGCUUCAGCAUGCUUUUUGAAUAAAGUUGUUUGCAGCAGCGUUUGUGGUGAGAGUUGUCACAACAGCAUUCUGGUAAGUGAGCACUUGCCAGGCUUUUCUGCUUUAGGGUGAAUCCUGAGCAUGAGUGCUCUGCUGAAGCUACUCUAAGGUCUGCUCAGGUUCUUUGGCAAUACAGCUGCCUCUGGCAUUGCCAGCUCACACAUGGGAUAUAUUUGAGGUUUCUUUGCACUUGAGCAAUAAACCUUUGGCAUAUUGUUGUUUGCUAGAAGGGACAUAGCCAGUAGUCAGAGAAGGACUCUGAUGGCAUUAAAAACCCCUUCUUCCUUGAUAGACCCCCUUACUUGCAGAAGUAAUAUAGAAAGUGCUGUAAAGUGCUACACACUGCCAUAGGAUUUAUUUUGUAUUAAUUCUAAAGACAGACUGAAGAAGUACUACUAGCAUUUUAUGAGAUGCAUUUGAAUAGUGCUCAGUAAUAAUGCUUAUUGCUAAAUAAUGCAUAUUGGAAUGCAAAUCUAUAUGGGUAUUAAAUACACGAUUGAUUUAUUUUUGCAUAGUACAUCCUUACUGAUUUUUCUACAUGAACUUAAAGCUUCAGUCCAGGUUUACAAGCUCUCUGUAAUACUUGAACCAAUUGAGCAUGCAGACACACAAAACCAAAUUUCAUAAUCAAAACAUGGCUUGCCAGUUUGCAUAGCCUUUACAAUUUAUUGAAAGGAUUGGGGCUGUGUUGAGGUGCUAAAGCCAUUUCCUCACUAUGGUCAUCCAUCAAAAGGGAAGAUCUUGCAAAUUUUAACUGAAGAUGAGUCUUUACUCAUCAGUUUCAUAGCUCUGGAGCUCCAAAGUGGGUGGCUAAAAACAUCUCUAAUUUAUUUUGAAUUAGCACAUGAAGGAAUCUCUUCUCCUGAAAUUCAUAAUUCUGUAAUGCCCAAGAGAGGUUCUGAACUGUCAUUUUGUUGCUACUGGGCAAAUGCUUGCCAUUAGUUUAAACUCAAGAAUAUGUCCUUAGGACCUCUUGUUAUACUUAUGCAUAGAUUAAAUAAGGAAGAAUGUGUCCUGAAUAAACUAAACCAUUGGUGUGUACCAGAGGUAAGAAAAUUGCCACUGCUUUGAAAUGCUUUUAUUUGACUAAGUCAAGCCACCACCAGAAUUCAACUGGUAGCAGAAAUUACAACUUACUUGCACUUAGGCAGCCAGGAAUUUGGGUUUUAUUUUUUUUUUUUGGUAAGUGUGAGGUGAGGCCUGUAAAAAGAGCAAAAAAUUUUAUCUUGCUCUCCAAAGUACUAGCACAACUCAUCAGUCAACAUUUACAGGAGUUAAUCUAGACAUGUGCAGUAAAUGUAUUAUUUUGGUACGGACAGUACAUUGAAAUUGUAUAAUGUACUUCAGAGCUGGCAUUGCGUGUUUUGUAUCAGCAGUACAUAUACCAGACUAUCUUGGUCUCUAAACUUCUGCAUAUAAUAUUUCCAAAGUUACAUGCUGACACAUGAUUAUUUGUAUGUUUAUAGCUUAUUUUUUGUAUCAUCAACCUGCCCUGGAAACAAAGUGCUAAAUGGACUUUUGUGACUCCUUUUUCUGGAGGACAGGAGGAUUAAUUGAAAAUUAAUCUAGGCUGGAAACAGUGGAAUAACUUUUCUACAUUCUGGGAAAGAGCAGUAUUGCUUUUUUUUUUAACAUGGAUGGUCUGUUUACCGACAUCAAGAAUUUUUAAUAAAAAAUCCCUAAAUCAUGAAGGAAUUUCUCAAUCCAAUUAUUUAUCUAUCUUUUGAUUUCCAUUUCUUGCUAACAGGUGUUAAGAACACUUCUAGCUUAAGAGUCAGGAAUUCUUUGCAUUACUGAAUGGUACGUGUUUAAUGUAUUCUUUGUACAUUUCUUGUGUAGCUUUUAAUGUAAUUUGUAUUACACUGUGAAUGUGAUUCAUAAUAAACAUUUGAAAUAUUUUAA